GCGGGUCACGUGACGGCUCCGCGGCCGUGGCGGUUGCUGUCAGCUGAUCCCUUGGUCUCGGAGGGGUGGCGGCGGCGACCAUGGACUUUCUCCUGGGGAACCCGUUCAGCUCCCCUGUGGGGCAGCGCAUAGAGCGAGCCACCGAUGGAUCCCUGCAGAGCGAGGACUGGUCCCUCAACAUGGAGAUCUGUGACAUCAUUAACGAGACAGAGGAGGGCCCCAAAGAUGCCUUACGAGCCCUGAAGAAGAGAAUCAUGGGCAAUAAGAACUUCCACGAGGUGAUGCUGGCGCUCACGGUCUUGGAAACCUGUGUUAAAAACUGUGGCCACCGCUUCCAUGUCCUUGUGGCCAGCCAGGACUUUGUGGAGGGGGUCCUGGUGAAGACUAUCUUGCCAAAGAACAACCCACCCACCACCGUCCACGACAAGGUUCUGAUGCUUAUCCAGUCCUGGGCGGACGCCUUCCGGAGCUCACCUGACCUGACCGGAGUGGUGGCCGUCUAUGAAGAUCUCAGGAGGAAGGGCCUGGAGUUUCCCAUGACGGACCUGGACAUGCUGUCCCCCAUCCACACGCCCCAGAGGUCCGUGUAUGGCUCCGAGCCCCCACCAGGAGAGAGCUCAUCAGUAACGCAGUCCAGCCAGCGUACAAACGCCCUGCAGCAGGCCGCGCCCCAGCCAAAUGUGCCGUCUGCCCCCGACGACGCUCCCAUGACGCCAACGCCAGAGCAGAUUGGGAAACUCCGCCACGAGCUGGAGGUGGUGAAUGGGAACGUGAAGGUGAUGUCAGAGAUGCUGACCGAGCUGGUGCCCGGGCAGGCCGAGCCCUCGGACCUGGAGCUGCUUCAGGAGCUGAACCGGACGUGCCGAGCUAUGCAGCAGCGAGUCCUCGAGCUGAUCCCUCGUGUCCUCAACGAGCAGCUGACCGAGGAGCUGCUCAUCGUCAAUGACAACCUCAAUAACGUCUUCCUGCGCCAUGAACGGUUUGAGCGGUUCCGAACAGGCCAGCAGAGCAAGGUCCAGAGAGAGGCGGCACCAGCGACCAAUCUGAUUGACCUCAGUGCGAGUCCUGCCUCCACUGGGCACCAGGCUGAAGCCUCCGGCACCCUCUCCUCUCAGCUCGCCGGAAUGAACCUGGGCGCUGGCAGUGUUAGCGCCACACUGCAGUCCUUGAACACCUCAGGAAAACUGGAAGAUGAGUUUGACAUGUUUGCCUUGACUCGGGGGAGCUCACUGGCGGAUCAGCGGAAGGAAGUCAAGUACGAAGACCCCCAGGCUAAGGACGGACUGGCCGGAGCUCUAGACGCCCGGCAGCAGAGCACCAGAGCGACCCCGGUCACCCAGGCCUCCCUCAUGGAAGACAUCGAGCAGUGGCUUUCCACCGACGUGGGAAACGAAGCAGACGAGUCCAAAGGGGUCACCAGCGAAGGUAAAUUUGACAAAUUCCUGGAAGAACGGGCCAAGGCUGCUGAGAGGCUCCCCACCCUGCCGAGCCCUUCAGAAGGGCUGCCCAGCUCCGCCUCCCAGAAGAAGAAGGACAAAGACGACGAUGCCCUCUUUGCCUUGUGAGCCCUGGGUUCGAGGGCUCUGCCCCCGAGGGGACUGGAGGCCCCUUUCCUUUUCCCUGCUAGGCCAGGGCCAGGACAGGGAGGCCUCCCAUGGCCUCUCCUCCAGCCUUGGGGUUUAGGCCGCUUUGGGGUGGUUUGUUAGCUUUUCUCCCAGGAGGUAGCUUGGCUGGACUGGGACUUGGCCAGCUGCAUGGAGGGGGGCUGGGACCUGGGCGGAUGGCCUGGUGUCAGGAGGGCAGGGUACUCGGCUGUCUUCUGCCCCCUCCCUCCCCUCCCCCUCCAACCACUACCUCUGCUGAAAGCCCCCCUGCUGCUUCCCUUAGUCUCCACCUCUAGGCUGACUCCUGUCUCAGGGCAACUCUCCCCCGGGUGGCUUCCUCUGCCCACCUGGCCCGCACGGGGAUCCCCACCCCAGCUCCCCCACAAGGAUGGGCAGGGCCAGCGAUGUCUCCAAGCAUCCAUCCCCUGUCAGGCUUAGGAUGCUGCUCCAAGGUCCAGCCCUGGGACGAUCAGCCCCCCUUUCUGCCGGGCCCCAGGAAUGCUGCACGAGGUACCACUUCCUCCUCUCCCAGGCUGGCCCUGGGCCCUGGGCCCACAAACCCAGAGAGGCCCACACGGGCCCCUUUCCAACUGCACAAAAUCCAGCCACCAGAGCCCACAGGUGAGGGUACUGAGGGCCUGUGGAGCAAGCGCACCUUGAGGGGCGAGCCUGGGGCCCCCCCCUCAGCCCCCCGGGCCAGGCCUGACAGCUGUGCCUUAGAGCUCCCUGCUCAUCUGACACUCCCACCCCUACCCCACCCACCCGUGUCCCUGUUUUCCUGGGGAACGGGAGUUAACAUCAGGGCAAGGCCCCACGGAGCGGCCUCUUAAGCAACUGAGAACACAUGUGCAGGAAGAACAGAGGAGCCAACCGUGGAACUGGGAGAUUGGCCUUUUAUAUAUGACUUAUUAAAGGUGGAAAAGCAA